UGCGGAUGCGAGCGUGCUCACUGCCAGCGCGCAAAGCUUAUUUCGGUCCUCCUUUCCCUCUUGCCCCUUUGACCGACUUAAGACCAUUCUCUUCUAUUUCCUUCUAGUGCCCUCUUCGAUACCUACUAUUUCUAGAGGAUCGUAUUGUGGGCAGUGACACUUUGGAGACAGGAAAAAAAAUUGGGACGCGUCGACGGGGCAUUGGGAAGGAAUCAAAUGGCAGCGGACAGCCGGUAUAUGUAUCACGGUCAUCAUGGGGGUUAUUCGACUGCCAACCCUACUGGAGGUGCAGCUCCUAGCCACGGGUCUCACUAUCAACACCAUCCGACGGCAUCGAGCCAUUAUGGAGACUAUCCUCAGCAACAGCAACCUCCGCCGUUGAGAACAAUGAGGUCGAAUUCGUCAAUAUCGUCACAGCAUUCAUCUAUACCUUCUCCUCAAGGGCACGCAGGGCAAGGACAGUAUGCAAGUGCACCUGGGCAUCAUACAUCUUCGACUACACAUUACUCCUAUGGUGUUUCGCCUCCCGGAACAGCUGCAGGACCACCACCACAGCAUCAGCAUCAGCAUCAGCAUCAGCAAUGGUCAACGACGACAAACGAUGGCUGGGGAACGCCGACGACGGCCUACGGAAGUGCUGGAGGACAUCACAGUCAAAGCCAUGGCCAUAAUACGUACGACCAUCAACCUCCCGCUCAACAUCAGCAACAUCAAUCUCAACAACACCACCACCAUCAACAACAACCGUCCCAUCCUGUUCAUCAUACUAGUCACCCUGCACCUCCCUCUGCUCAGCACCAGCAGCAUCAUACUCAUGCCCAAGUCCAUCAUCACCCGCAGCCAACACGUCCGAUUCACCCACCACCGGUUUCUUCUCAAAGCCCGUUCAAUCCGGUGGAAACGUCACCGACAUUGUCUGUUAUGUCAGAUGUUUCGAGAUAUGCGACGAAUGCUUCACCUGCAGUUGGCCAUGGGAUCCACCAUGACAACCAUUCUGUGCUGAGAGGUAGUCGCGGACAUGUGCACGGGCAUGGCACUCAUCAAUCAAUAGAUACUAGAGGCGGUCAUGGUGGAAUGGAGGCUCGUGGAGGGGUAGAUACUCGAGGAGCACAUGGGAUAACCGAACGCGGUGCACAUUCGACGUAUGUUGCACCCCAACCACAGCAUGUAACCGCAAGUCAAAAUCAUCACUGGCCUUCGCCACCGACGUAUACACAUCCGCCUCCUCCUCCUCCGCAUUCACAUGCUGCAUCGUCACCAUCUCACCAUGUGUCUACAUCCUUGUCGCAUCCACAUCCGCCCUCGUCAUCUUUGUCUUCAAACUCGUUUCAUUUGUCUUCAAACUCUCAAACGGCCUUGCCUACUCCAACUUCGACCUCGUCUUUAUCUUCUUCGUUAUCCGGGUCUCUAUCGUCCCCUGUAGGUUCGUUGCCACCCCCCUCGUCUGCAUCCUCCACUACCUCUGGAAGCUUGAGUUCAGAAUCCCCGAAACACCCUUCCCCACCGUAUUCGCAAAGUUACCAUAAUCAAGGCCAGACUCACGGUCAACCUCAGAACUCGCACUACACCGGCAGCAAUAUCUCCAACCACCAUAAUACACAUGUACCCCAUCAGACAAUUCGUAAUAACACAAACUCCACUUCAACAUCAUCUCUCUCUUCAAAUAUCUCACCCAUUUCCGCUAUUUCACCCAGGAAGCUCUUUAAUCAUAGCACACCACCCCCCACAUCGAGCGCCUACGCUUCACAUUCUUCCCUUAUACACAAUGCUCCUCCCCCACCGUCGUCGUCGUUGCAUCAUUCACACCCUCAGUCACACCCACCGGCCCCAUUGCCACAUCCAGGGCAACCUACGCAUACCAAUCCGGGACCAGUAGCCCCGACCCCAGUUUAUCAUUCUCAGUCGCAUCUUCCUCCACCUCUUCCGUCUCAUGCUCAUACGCAGUCGCAGCAACAGCAGCCGCGACCACCACCUAUGAAUCCAAAUACCACGACGACGCAAGCGCAUCAUCAACAACAACAUAACCCUCAUCCUCCUCCCACUAGUACACACCCCUCGAAUCUCUUGAAUAAUCCGCCUCCCGCGCAUAGCUAUGGCCACGGGCAUUCUUCGCAUCCAAAUUCGUCCCAACAACAGACACAGACUUUAUCCCCUAGCGCCAUCUUAACUAUGCCGAUCAAUAGUGCAAUCUCGCAUCCUCAGGGUCCGCCGCCUUCACAGUCGCACUUGCACCAUCAACCGCAUCAUCAUAGUCAACCACUGACACCGCAACAUCCACAGCCACAUAGUCAGCAGACUCAGCAAUACUCAGAAGACCACAUUACACAUAGUCAGGCAUCUACUCCUACACCGACCCGUAUGGAUAUGGAUUUGGAUUUUGGUACACUACUUAAAAACAUGAAGUUCAUGAAGGAAAACCUCAAUUUCUCGCACACCGUGGCACUGCAACCCGACAUGUUGGAUCAGUUGGUCAAUGUGGCGACGUAUGCUGCACAGAUAUUAGAGGGAGCUGCUGCCAGUCAAGGCCAUGAUACCAAUCAACCGUCGAAUAACGCAACGAGUUUGAUGUCACCGGUUCAAGUCCAGCCGCCAUUGCACACUCCAACUACCUCUAUCACUCCUACCUUGACGAGUUUGGGGAAAAUUGGUGCUCCGCCGUCAAAAAAAGGUCAGUGGAAUGACGGGGUUGAGAGGAACGGGAAUGGUUAUGUGAAUCAGACACUGACGCACGGGAUAAAGAGGAAAUCCAAUGAAACCGAGGACAACAUUCACAGCCACGGCAAUCAAGCUUCCUCACACCCUGCGCAUGGCCACUCUGCUACACACAACUCUACACAAUCUCCUGUCUCUCAGUCGCAGUCGCAGUCCCCCAAGCAACACCAGCAACAGGAUGGAAUGCCCAUGGUCGGCAUAAUGUCCACUACUCCGACUACAAACACCACCAUAAUGACUAGUCAUUCGAGUUCAGCACAAGGUCAGAAAUGUUUAGGGUGUGGAGCGACGAGUACGCCUGAGUGGCGGCGUGGGCCUUUAGGUCCUAGAACUUUGUGUAACGCUUGUGGGUUGGUAUACGCGAAGAUGAUCAAGAAACGAGACCGCGAACGCGCUCGAAACCUGGGGGGAAACAAUGCGAAUACUAACAAUAACAUGACCAAUUCGAAUUCAAAAGCCAAGCAACAUGUUCAACAACAAAAGCAGAUGCUGGCACAUCACGGAAGCCCGGGAGGAUCAAGUGGGGAUGAUGAUGAGUUGGAUGAAGAGUAAUCAGGAAUGGUGGCACGAAUUGUCGUCCUGGAACCUAAUUUCCAUUUACUUCGUUCCUCUUUGUUUCUCUUGUUUUUUGCCUGCCAACCCAUUGCCUAUCCAUCCUAUGUUUUUGCCUUUACCCCUUGGUCCAAUUAUUCUUCCCUCUCUUUCCUUGUCUAGGUCCUCGAAUCGGUUCGAUACAUUAAGUACAUCUACUAGUUUCUUGAAUCCAUGCUUCUUGCCGUUGCUCUCCUUUUUCUCAACUACCUUCCCCGUUACGAUUCUCUUCGUUCAUGUUGUAUUUUUUUGUUGAUUUGAUGUAACAUCUCCUCAGAUAGUUUUUUCUUUUUAUCAUAUAUUCAGUCUGUGACUUCGCACAUCGAUACAUCUAAGAUAGCUUUAAUUGAUCUUUCUGGGACGGCUAGCUGUCGAUUAUACUACCUCAAA